AUGCAGAGGCACUCAAGUUCAGGAUUUUCCGUGAUACUGAUUUGGAAGAAUGGGUCUGAAAUUUGGACUGCGAAUCAUCUCAAACAGACAUUUAAUUUUAUAAAAAGGAAUUUAACUCUUCUCAUCAAAACAGCUCAGCAGAAUGACAGUGGCCUCUACCUCCUGGAGGUGACUGAUGACUGUGGGAGAGUUAAGAAUCACCAGUUCCAGGUUUCUGUAUUUGAAUCUCUGCUUCCAGAUCAUGUAGGAACACUUGAAGUAGUGGAGGAGAGGAAGGUCCUGGACAGAGGGAAAUGCCAAGUGUCUCUGUCCUGCUCGGUCUCCAGAGGUGGUAAUGUGAGCUAUGUUUGGUAUAGAGGGAGCAAGCUGAUCCAGACACCAAGCAAUCUCAGCAAACUGGAGGAACAGAUUGAUGUCAAUGACUUGGACAUAUAUACCUGCAAUGUCAGCAACCCAGUCAGCUGGGUAAACCACACCUUCACCCAGAGCUGUCGGAGUGUUGACAGGCAAUACACCUCUGUGAACUUUCUGAUGAUCAUCGUGAUUUUUCUAAUCACGCUGUUCCUGGGUGCCCUCACCUGCUUCUCUGUGUGGAGGAGGAAGAGGAAGCAGUCAGAGACCAGCCGAGGGGGAACUCUGACAGUUUACGAAGACGUCAACACCAUGCAAAACAGAAGUAAUCAAGAGCAGAGGCAGAAUCCUCCCGGAGAAGGAAGCACCAUCUACUCCAUGAUCCAGUCCCAGUCUUCUGCUCCUACAUCACGAGAAACAAAUACAUUAUAUGCAUUGGUACAGCCUUCAUGGAAGUCUGAAUCGAAGAAGAAGAACCAGAGUUCUUCCUCCAGUUAUACCAUCUACGAAGAGGUUGGAAAGAGACAACUCAAAGCCCAGAACCCUGCGCGACUGAGCCACAGGGAGCUGGAGAACUUCUGCGUAUAUUCCUAG